GGUGUAGGUCAUUUUUUGGUCAUUUCAUUUUCAAUUCAGUGUUUCGAAGUUUGUUUGUGUGAAUCAUUCGAUAUUUGUUCAGUUUGUGUGUAAAGUGAAUUGCAUUUUUUCAUUUCGAAGAUGAGAUUGUCCCGAGUAGAAAGUAGUAUCAUCAUGCAAACAAUUCUAUUAUUGUUGUUCAUCACAAUUAUGGCAAUUCCGGCAAUGUCUUUUUCAUUAGGUUCAUUGUUUUCAAGUCGAGUACCAGCAGCAGGAUAUGUACGUACAAAAGCCUAUGUAGAAGAAUCACCUGAAAUUGGUUUUGGUUUCAACAAAGUACCGGUUAUGGUUCGUGUUCCGACCAUUGUUUUUCGUCGAAAAAAAACAUUGGUAACACGUCCGGUUGCAGUAUCUGUAUGUCAAGGUUGUAGUGAUGGCCAGGUACAGAUGCAAGUUGCACAAAAACCUGUGACAAAUAGUGGUCCUUAUCCACCGAUCAAAGGUGUUCGAACUGGACCAUAUACAUCGAAUGUCGUAUUUCCCGAAAAUAACUAUGAACAAUAUGGCAACGAUGAUUAUUCACAAUGAAAUAAAUAAAUAUUGGGCGUCUGGUUUCUGGCAUUUCAAACAUUUCAAUAAUUUUUUUUUUUUUUU